AUGUUUCCAAAUAUUCUAAACAAUUUUUUAACAAAAUUUCAAACAAUGUCCUCAUCUUCAACUGAUUCAACCACCGUCAAUAAUACCAAUACCAUCAAUGUCAAUACUACCUCUAUUUUCGACACUAUAACUUAUUCUUCCGGCCGGGUGGAGUGGUCGGAUGACCAAAUCGCUGCUUUGAUUGAGCAGCAGAGGUCAAGAAACUUUGAGUACCAUUAUCAAAUUGCAGGAAGAAGUAGAAAAAAUUUCUGGAAUUCCGUUGCGAAUAAAGUAAAUGAGAGGUGUGGGAGCAAUUAUUCGGGCAAACAGUGCCAAACAAAAUUCAAUGGAUUAGUGACCGGUUAUCACGAUCAAUUAUUAGUGAUUGCAAACGAUCUGAGAGGGGCAAGAAGCCGUGCUGGUGCCAUUUUUUUUGAAGUCAUGAAUACACGGUUUUGGGAGAAACCAGAUGAUCAGUUUGUACAGGCUUCAAUUGGUAUUAAUAAAACUCAACGCAGACGAAACAGAAGGAAUGCACAUAAAAGCCAGAAUACUCAAAAUACGAAUACUCUAAAUACAGAAGAUCGAAAUGUCGAUAAUGAUGAAUGA